AUGACAAUAAAUUUUUGGACUCAUUAUGGAUUCCUCGAUGAGAGAGUGGCUGUUCAAUAAUUGAGUGUUCAAACACUCUUUGAUUUGCUUUAAAAGCAUGGAGUCUAUUAAUCAAAUGAAUUCUGGAAGAUGAUAUUAAGAGGAGUCAUCAGACCAUUAUUUGAUGAAAUCCAAUUUUCUAAAUUACAAUAUACCAAAUAGUAAUAAUCCAAGAAAUCUAUAACUUCAACAUGCAAAAUGACAUUUUUAUUGUUUACGGAUUUAGUAAUUUCUCAAAUUUAAUAAAUGCAACCUUGUUUGAAUGAUCUAAUAGACAUUUAUAUUCAAUUGAUUUUGCAAACUCAAGAUCAUAUAUCCAUUUUGUGUCUUUAAUCACUUAAGAAGAUGAUCUAGAAUGUAGGCCAAUCAUUGACUGAAGAUAACUGGAAUCUCUUGAUCGAAUAGAUCCAACAUUUAUUGUCUUAAUGUUCUCCUACUGAGUUGUUUGAGGCAUUUAAUUUGGAUGAAGACUUUUAAAAGCCUUUAGAUGAACUAUUAAAAGAGGAGAUAAGACCAAAGAAGUUCAGUUUCAAAAUAAAUGCUUAAGAGUGUUCAUCAAAAUAAUAGAUCUAAGAAAAAUGUUUGGAGAUUUUAGAAGUUUAAGUAACAUAAUUCUAAAAUCAAAUUACUUCACAAAAUAAACAAUUGAUAUUGCAAUUAUUUUAGGAAUAAUAUUAAAAAUGCAAAAGAUUCAACACUAAUAUAUAUAUGAGAUACUUUUUAGAACAAUGGGCAGUUUAAUGGAAUUUUGUUAAGAGAAGUUCAUAGGAAUUUGAUGAUUUAGAAAAUAAUAACACAACCCAAAGUAAACAAUUGAGCUUCAUCAAUGUGGAGUUUCUGGCAGCCAAAGUCAUUGUUUAACUUAGUAAUGACCCCUUAGCUUUUAUCGAAUAAUUGAUACAAAGAUUUCUUGAUGCCUAUAAUGGGUUUUCUUAGCCUUUGCAUAGAUAAGAUAGCUUAAAUGGUAAUUUAGAGCAAUUAAGACAUCUUGAAUCUUAGAUUGUCAUCAGUAGAUUACAAUUAUUGUUUAUGGAAACUGUAUUCCCGUAAUUAAAAUAGAAUUUGAAAUCAAAGGUUGUUAGUAAAUGGCUGAUUUAAUUACUAAAAGCUGGGUUGAAUGUGUCAGGAGUUGAAAAUAAAGAAUAUAAUAAAGUUUUGGUGAAUUUAUUGGAGGAAAUUAUAAAUUGUGAGAAUAAUGUAUUUUGA